AUGCACAGCUAUCCAGUCUACGGUACUUCCUACAUUUCAUCUGUCGAGGUUGAGGUCGAGGUCCAAGUCGAGGUCGAGAUCGAGGUCGUGGCUACCUUGUCAUUCAUUUACUAUCAACAAUGA